AUGGCAAAAAUUGCCUUAGGAUCUCGUCAUGAGGCUGCUCAGCCUGACUGCAUCAAAGCCCUUGUGGUCGAGUUCGUCACCACCUUCCUCUUUGUUUUUGCUGGUGUUGGAUCUGCUAUGGCUGCUGAUAAGCUAUCAGGAGAUGCACUGGUGGGCUUGUUUGCUGUGGCUGUGGCGCACGCACUUGUUGUGGCUGUGAUGAUAUCUGCUGGCCACAUUUCCGGUGGUCAUCUCAACCCAGCAGUGACUCUUGGCCUUCUUUUUGGUGGUCAUAUCACCGUCUUCAGAUCCAUCCUCUACUGGAUUGACCAAUUGUUGGCAUCAACAGCCGCCUGUCUCCUCCUCAAGUAUCUCACCGGAGGAUUGGCUACUCCAGUACAUACACUUACAAGUGGGAUGAGCUAUCUUCAAGGAAUAGUAUGGGAGAUUGUUCUGACGUUCUCCUUGUUGUUCACAGUCUAUGCCACUAUUGUGGACCCCAAGAAGGGAUCCAUUGAUGGGCUAGGCCCAAUUCUGACUGGAUUUGUAGUAGGAGCCAACGUCUUGGCUGGUGGGGCAUUCUCUGGAGCAUCAAUGAACCCAGCUCGAUCAUUUGGGCCUGCUUUGGUCAGCUGGGACUGGACCGAUCACUGGGUUUACUGGGUUGGACCCCUUAUUGGUGGUGGACUUGCUGGGCUUAUCUAUGAGAAUUUCUUCAUCGUAAGAUCUCAUCGUCCUCUUCAUAACGAAGAAGAACCUUUUUAA